AUGUGGAGGGGUCAUCGCAUUCACUAUGCCGUGGCAGGGUGUGGCAAACCCGUCAUUCUCGUGCAUGGUUUUGGAGGCAGCGCAGGGCACUUCCGCAACCUUAUAGCACAUCUCGCAGACCACCAUAAGGUGUACGCCGUUGACCUGCUAGGGUUUGGGGACUCUGACAAGCCGAGCGGCAUAGAGUACAGGCCAGAAUUGUGGGCUGAUAUCAUCAACGACUUCAUGCUCGAAUUCACGGAUGAACCCGCUGUGCUGAUUGGCAACUCCAUCGGCUCUCUCACCUCCCUCACUGCUGCCGCGUCCUCUUCUGCGCCUCUCUCCCUCUCGGAUGGGGAAGGCCAGAGCGAAGGCGAGGGGGAGGGGAGUAUAGUGCGGAGGGCAGAGAAGGGGAAGAUCAGGGGUCUGGUGCUGCUGAACGUGGCAGGAGCCAUGAACAGGAAGGGGCUCAUGCGCGACGAUGCAGUGCUGACAGCAUUGUCACCCAUGUUUGUGGCCAUUGAAUACCUGCUGCAGAAACCUAAGAUUGCCUCGUUCCUCUUUGAACGGUUUCGCAACAAGGCCAAUGUGCGCAAGAUACUCAGUGAGCAGGUGUACCGAGACGGCUCACAAGUCUGCGAUCGGCUGGUGGACAUUCUCUAUGAGCCAUCUACACAUGACGGUGCUCUAGACGUCUUUGUCAAGGUCUUCACAGGCGAUCCAGGCCGCCAUCCAGAGGAGCUCGUGGAGAUGGUGGACGUGCCCAUGCUCGUGCUGUGGGGCGACAAGGACCCCUGGACGCCCAUCGAUGGCAAGGUGGCCCAGCUGUUUAAGCGAUUAGAGGAGCAAAGGGGAAAUGACAAGGUGGCAGUGGUGCCGCUUCCUGAUGUUGGUCAUUGCCCUCAUGAUGACAGGCCCGAGAUUGCUGCCUCCCAUAUUUUGCCAUGGCUUGAGAAACUGGACGAUGUUAGUUCAGAGUAG